AUGUUAAACCAAGACACACAAAUACAAAUGAACCCAGAUUAUUCAAAUGAAAACAGUUCUGAACAGCACAAACCUACAAAAAGUAGUGGUUAUAUUGAGACAGAAAAUAGUAUUUCUGAGAUGAAUACUGAUAUAUUGUCAUCUAAGAAUAAUGAAACUGCUGAUGUUUUGUUUGAGCCUAAUGAUAAUCCUGGAUGUGAUCCUGCUUUAUGGAAAAUAAACGAGUUCACUAUAGAAUAUAUUUGUAUUAACGGAUUUUCUCAAGAUUUAAAUGAUUUAAAUUUUACCAAAUCUAAACGAGCAUAUACAAAACUUUACAAAAAAACUACUAAAACCUACUAUAGGUUUUGCAAUAAAAACUAUUGGAAUACAAGACUAACUAAUGGUGAUUCAAUUAAACGUAAUUUCAUUGCAUAUUCAGAAAGUAAGGGUGUAAUUUACUGUAUCCCAUGCUUGUUGUUUGGCAACAUACAUUCACCUUCAUUUGCUUCAAAAGGAUUUUCAAACUGGAAAAGAGCUGAAGAGCUCAUAUCACUACAUGAAAAUUCUUUAAAACAUCGUUCAAAUAUUCUAGCUAUGAAAAACCGAGGACAAACACAUCAAAGAAUUGAUCAACAAGUAAUACAACAAAUUGAAAAUGAACGUAUAUACUGGAUCAAUGUUUUAAAAAGAGUUGUGGCAAUUGUUAAAACAUUGGCAUCAAGAGGUUUAGCAUUCAGAGGACAUACUUCAAAAAUUGGAUGUCCACAUAAUGGAAACUUUAUGAUGGCACUUGAAUUAUUAGCUGAAUUUGACCCUUUUAUAUCAAAUCAUAUUUCCAAAAACGGUAACCCCGAUGUCAAUACUUCAAAAUAUUUUUCAAUAAGUGUUGAUUCAACACCAGAUAUUACCCAUACUGAUAAACUUUCUUUAGUUGUACGGUUUGUUGAUAACAACGGUAAUGUGUUUGAGCGUUUUUUAUGUUUUAUGAAUAAUGUUGGACAUAAAUCAGAAGAUAUGGCUGAAGCAGUGAUAACAAUUCUGAAUAAGUACAAUUUGAAUCUUAACUAUUUAAGAGGGCAGUCAUAUGACAAUGCGAGUAACAUGUCGGGUAGUUACUCUGGAUUACAGGCUAGAAUAAAACUUAUAAAUCCAUUGGCCAAGUUUGUUCCCUGCUCGGCUCACUCAUUAAAUUUAGUGGGACAAAACGCGGCCAGCUGUUGUAAUGAAGCUAUUCAUUUUUUUAACUUUCUUCAAAACUUGUACACAUUCUUUUCGGCAUCAACUUACCGUAGGCAGAUUUUAAAUUCUUCAAUCAAGAGAUUGUCAGAUACAAGGUGGUCUGCAAGAGAUGAUGCGUGUUAUUCAUUGAAUAAAAAUUGGUCGUCUAUAGAAAAUGCUUUAAUUAAGAUUGGAGAAAAUGAAAAAGAAAAACCAGCUAUUCGAUGUGAAGCAAAUGGUAUACUYAAAAUACUUAAAUCAUUAGAAACAUCUUUCUUGUCAAUUUUUUGGGGAGACAUAUUACAUAGGUUUAAUACAGUUAGCAAAAAACUUCAAAGUGUAGAUAUUGAUUUAAUGUAA